AUGGCAGCAUCUGGUAAUAGUUGCAAUCCUCCCCCACGUGUUGCAGAUGCAACAAUUACAUCAAAAUAUAAGACAAAAUAUGCUCAUCAAUCUACAGUGCAAUUCCAAUGCAGAGAUUUAUAUGAAAUUCAGGGGAACAGAGAAGUCACCUGCACCAGUGGAACGUGGAGUGACAUUCCAACAUGCAUUUCAAAGAUAAAAUCUACAGCAACUGGGCCGUCUUCUGAGCAAAGUGGCCCAACGAUAGCGACGCCAUCGCCAGAAAAAUAUACUUGUGAAAAGCCUGUCCUGAAAGGUGGAUUUGUGGAGCCCUCAAGAUCCACAUACUAUGAAGGUGAUAUACUGGAAUAUCAAUGCUUCAGUCCAUGUAAGCCCAAAACGAAUAGAACUAUCACUUGUAUAAAUGGACAGUGGAGUGACCGGGUGGAGUGUUCAUGUUUCACUUCUUGUGAACCCCCACAAGAAAUUCCAUUUGGGGAUAUUAAAGGUUUGACAAAAGAUGUAUAUAACACCGGUGAGACGGUAGAAUACCAGUGCAAGAAUUACUAUGUACUUUCUGGUCAAGAGUUCAUAACAUGCCGCAAUGGGGAGUGGGAUGAUCCUCCAAAAUGCCUGGAACCAUGUACCGUGACAAUUGAAGAAAUGCACCAAAGGGGAAUUGAACUCAGAUACAAACAUCCAACAAAGGUUUACAUAAAACAUGAGGAACGAAUUGUGUUCGCAUGCAAAUAUGGCAAAAGGCAAACUGAUGGCGAAUUUAUUAACUGGUGCAGACAUGGUAGAAUCCACCUUCCAUCUUGUGCUUAAGAACUAUGUUCACGCAUAGAUUAACAUGCAUGGAUUGUACCUAUUAAUUGAUUGAAUUUAAAGUUUUAGAAAAUUCACAGAUGAUCAGCACAAUAAACAGAUACAGUAAAUAUCUCACUCGGUGUCUUUAACACUUGAAAAAAAUGAUAAAGGAUAAAGAUAAUACAGCCAGUCAAUGUGUUACUCUUACAUAAACUAGAACAGUGAGACAGACAUGAUGAACCAGUACACAGUCUUUGAAGUUCAGAGUACCAAAACAGCUACGGAGUGGAAGAAAAUAUAAAUUCAAAUCCUCAUGAGCUUAUUUUGUAAUGUCACGAGAGAAGGAUUGAAGGGACAAUUUAGUCCAUGUGCUUUUGUUUUAUAACUCCAACAUUUUCCAACUCAGCAGGAAAGCACUCACAGAAAAAGAUGGGUCAAUGGAUAACCAAAGUACAGACAAAAUAUUUGCUAAAUCAUUCUUUUUUGAACUAAGAUGCAUUUACUCCACAUAUUGCUCAAUAUUCAAUGUUGAAAUACUGAUCAUGCACAAAUAAAACAUUCCUGGAUUUCA